AAUGUCUGAGAGUAGAUCGUGAUUUUAUGCUGACGUGAAGUCUUCGUCGCGAUGACUCUGACCAUCACGCCGUGUCCAAUAAAGGGGACUUGCGUCCUGGAGCGCCUACUCGCGAAUGGGUCGGUUGCCUCGCGUCAACCUCUCCCAGAGGCUACGGCUUCGAUAUGCAGGAAUUCGCAGAGAGACAUCAUGGUCCGAAUCGAGGCCCAGAAGUUGCCGAAAGCCCUCGUUCUUUGUGGGACCAGUGAUAAUCUCACCGUUCAUAAGAAGUUCGUCAGUGAAGGGAAGAUGACUCUCUCUUUCAAACAAGAAUCUCUGCGAUUCCUGUUCGCGAACUGCUCGGCAGCAAGUCUGACAACAUUCGUCAAGAUGUUGUCGAUCAAGAGCUCGGUCGUAACCCCGGAUCGACCGAAGUUUUUCGCAAACCUGCCGUAA